GUCGCGUGCGCACCUCAAACAACAACCACCACCAUGUCGACGCCCUGCCCACCCCCCCCUCCACCUCAACCCUCUCUUCAACCUAACAGUCCCAAAGGAGAUCUCCCACCUUCUGUUUUUACCCUCCCUAGAACUGCCCAGCUUGAAGCUCUGUUCACUAUCAUUCGCGAUAAAGACACGCCCAGAGGAGAUUUCAUCUUUUAUUCAGAUAGGAUAAUAAGAUUACUAGUCGAAGAAGGGUUGAACCAUCUACCAGUCAUUACGAAAACGGUCGUCACCCCUACAGGGUCAACAUACGAAGGGGUCGGAUUCGAAGGGAAAAUCUGUGGGGUGUCUAUCCUGAGGGCUGGCGAGGCGAUGGAAGCUGGACUGAGAGAGGUCUGUCGGAGCGUUCGGAUUGGGAAGAUUCUGAUUCAACGAGACGAAGAAACCGCCUUGCCGAAACUGUUUUACUCAAAGUUCCCGCCAGAUAUCGCACGGAGAUAUGUAUUACUCCUCGACCCUAUGCUAGCUACCGGUGGAUCAGCGAUGAAGGCCAUUCAAGUCCUCAAAGAAAACCAGGUGCCGGAAGAACGGAUUAUUUUCAUCAAUCUCAUUGCUUCUCCAGAAGGGCUCAAGACUUUCUGUGGAACACAUCCUUUAGUCAAGGUCAUUACUGGUUGGAUAGACCAAGGUCUGAACGAGAAAGCUUUCAUUAUACCCGGUUUGGGGGAUUUCGGUGAACGCAGAUAUUGCGAGUAGGCGGGUUUUAUUACGUGCUUCUUUGUCUUUUCCGCUCGGAUCCUGUAUCUUUCGCACCUUCUGAUAGACUCUGAGAAAUCAGAAGUCCAGCUUCAAACCGGAACAUCAUGCAUCACACAUCGCUUGUUUGUCGUUCUGAUCUGAAGACGAUUACGACACAUACAACUCCAGCAGAAUCUUUUCAGAUGACGCAUCACGCCCUACGUAGCCCAGUGCUUUCUUCGAUUGAAUACAUGUAACACUCACUCGGGGAAGAGAAACGUUUCAUCAAUAGGCCUUUCUAUUCACAUUCACAAUACAAUCCGUCAAUACUUGGCUCUUUGGCGGCUUGCUAUUUCGGUGUUCCUUUGUAUAGCCAUACAUAGUGUCAACCAAUACGACUGAACCGAUG